AUGAAGCUCAACGUCAAGAACAUUCGCUACCUGACCGCCGAUGACUGGCGCGCCCUGACUGCGACAGAAAUGGGCAGUCGAAAUCAUGAGAUUGUGCCCACGCCUCUGAUUUCCCAGAUUGCCGCUCUCCGCUCAGGCACUGGCGUUCACCGCUGUAUUUCCAAUUUGGCCAAAAUUGGCCUCAUCGCAAAAGUCCGCAAUGCCAAAUACGACGGCUACCGCCUGACGUACGGCGGCCUCGACUACCUCGCCCUACACACCCACCAGAAGGCCGCUACCGUCUACUCGGUUGGCAACCAGAUUGGCAUAGGCAAGGAGUCGGAUAUUAUUGUGUGUGCCUCCGAGACGGGCAAGCAGCUGGUUCUUAAGAUCCACCGUCUGGGCCGCAUAUCCUUCCGCACAGUCAAAGCGAACCGUGACUAUCUGCGGAACCGCCAAGGUGGCUCGUGGAUGUACAUGUCGCGUCUCGCCGCCCUGAAAGAAUAUGAGUUCAUGAAGGCGUUGCGAGCCGAGGGCUUUCCAGUCCCCGAGCCUGUCGGCCAGAACAGACACACCGUCGUCAUGAGCCUCAUCGAUGCCUUUCCCAUGCGCCAGAUCUCCAAGGUCGGAAACCCUGCGCCUCUCUACGCUGAACUCCUCGCCCUCAUUGUCCGUCUUGCACAAUAUGGUCUGAUCCACGGAGACUUCAAUGAAUUUAACAUCCUUGUCGAGGAACGCACAGAAAAGGACGGCAACGUGACCCUGGUACCUACGCUUAUCGAUUUCCCGCAAAUGGUUUCCAUCGACCACGCCAACGCCGAAUACUACUUUGACCGCGACGUUGCCUGCAUAAAGCGUUUCUUUGAUCGUCGUUUUGGCUUCACAAGUGACGAGCCCGGCCCGUUCUUCAAGGAUGCGACAAAAAAGCUGGUCAAGAGGUUGGAUGUCGAGGUGCAGGCUUCUGGUUUCAGCAAGAAGAUGGCAAAGGAACUGGAAGUUUACAUGAAGGAGCACGGUAUUGACGGUGACGCUGUAAAUGCCGAAUCAGGUGUGGAUGGUAACGAGCCUGGUGACGAAGAUGAGGAUGAAGCUGGUCUUGAAGAAGACUACGGCGAGACUGAAGACUACAAUGACAAUGAAGGUGGACCAGUUGGUGACGAUAUUUCUGCUGAAACCGAACUGAAAGACGACGGCGAGCAGCAUGCAUCCACAACACUCGCUUCUCAAAUGACAAUCCUCGAGAUCAGAGACAACGACCCCCUACCAGACCUCAACGACAUCAAGCCACCUCCACCAUCUGGUCCUACAAUAACAACAAAGGCGGCUAAGAAGAAGGCCGGAUGGGCCUUGUAA